UCCGGUGGGGCCGUCCCUAGCGGCGGAGAUGGCGGCGACUGCGGCUGAGGCUGCGGCCUCGGGCUCUGGAGAACCCCGGGAAGAGGCUGAAGCCCCCGGCCCCGCCUGGGAUGAGUCCCAACUGCGCAGUUAUACCUUCCCGACCCGGCCCAUCCCGCGUCUGAGUCAGAGCGACCCCCGGGCGGAGGAGCUCAUCGAGAAUGAGGAGCCUGUGGUGCUGACCGACACAAAUCUUGUGUAUCCUGCCCUAAAAUGGGACCUUGAAUACCUGCAAGAAAAUAUUGGCAAUGGAGACUUCUCUGUGUAUAGUGCCAGCACCCACAAGUUUUUGUACUAUGAUGAGAAGAAGAUGGCUAAUUUCCAGAACUUUAAGCCGAGGUCCAAUAGGGAAGAAAUGAAAUUCCAUGAGUUUGUUGAGAAACUGCAGGAUAUACAGGAGCGAGGAGGUGAAGAGAGGUUGUAUCUGCAGCAAACACUCAAUGACACUGUGGGCAGGAAGAUUGUCAUGGACUUCUUGGGUUUUAACUGGAACUGGAUUAAUAAGCAACAGGGAAAGCGUGGCUGGGGGCAGCUGACCUCUAACCUGCUGCUUAUUGGCAUGGAAGGAAAUGUGACACCUGCUCACUAUGAUGAGCAACAGAACUUCUUUGCUCAGAUAAAAGGCUACAAGCGAUGCAUUUUGUUCCCUCCGGAUCAGUUUGAGUGCCUCUACCCAUAUCCUGUUCAUCAUCCAUGUGACAGACAGAGCCAGGUGGACUUUGACAAUCCUGACUACGAGAGGUUCCCCAAUUUCCAGAACGUGGUUGGUUACGAAACAGUGGUUGGCCCUGGUGAUGUUCUUUACAUCCCAAUGUACUGGUGGCAUCACAUAGAGUCAUUACUAAAUGGGGGGAUUACCAUCACUGUGAACUUCUGGUAUAAGGGGGCCCCCACCCCUAAGAGAAUUGAAUAUCCUCUCAAAGCCCAUCAGAAAGUGGCCAUAAUGAGAAACAUUGAGAAGAUGCUUGGAGAGGCCUUGGGGAACCCACAAGAGGUGGGGCCCUUGUUGAACACAAUGAUCAAGGGCCGAUACAACUAGCCUGCCAGGAGUCGAGGCCUCCUGCCAGGUGACUGCUAGCCCGUCCACACCGCUUCAUUGAUGAGGACAGGAGACUCCAAACGCUAGUAUUGCACGCUGCACUUAAUGGACUGGACUCUUGCCAUGGCCCUGGAGGCAGGUGUUUGGGGCAAGGCAGGGUGGUUGGCGCUCCACUCCCAUUCGGAGGGACUUCUUACCCUUGCCUCUGUGCCCCAGCACCUUCCCUCUCUGCCCCCUAAAGUCCUGCAUUCAGUGUGUGGAGUCCCCAGCUUCUGGUUGUCAUCAUGUCGUGUGUUAGUCUGUCAACCUUGGGAUGUGUGUGCAUGUGUAUGCCUGCACAUGCGUGUAUGUACUUGUUCCUUGCUCCCUCCUUCUGGGUCAGGAUGCCACCUCUGGCUCUCCGCUCUGUCUCCUGCAAUCUCAGUGCCUCAGCCUGAGAGAGAGGAGAUGUUCUUGGACGCCCAUUGCAUCUGGGCAACAGGGCCACAGCUAUCCUAACUGUGAGGUCAGUCUGCCCCCUCCCAGUUUUCACAGAGAGGCUCUAGGCUGUUGGGAAUGGCUACUGAGACUCUAAUGGGGAGAGGGAGAGUGGGGAGGGUUGCCUUUGAGAGCCUAAAUAGCUUCCUAGGAGAGUAAAUUAGACAGGGUUCCAACUUGAACCUUCAAGCUCAAGCCAUACACAGAAAAGAGCCUUGGGACACAGGAACCAAGGAUUGUGCAUAACUUACAAAUUACAGACACAUACAGCUUCUUUCUUUCAGCACCAGCUCUUGUUCUCUGUCCUGGGUGCCAGAGGAGUCAUCCUAGCAAUGACUUCUCUAGGUUCUAGGGAUGCAAGCCUCUGUGUGGAUGUGUGUGUGGAUGUUUGUGCCUGUGUGCGUGCAUGUGUGUCCACACUGGCCUGCCUCUCUGCUUACCAAGUUUCUACCGCUUAACCUUGUCCAGUGGGACAUACAGCGGGAGCCCCAAGGCAGUGCUGCCUGACCUGGUCUAAAGCUUUUAAACUCAUUUUUAGCCAUUGGAUGUUGGUCAGGCCUCGCUGCAACCUGCCUGAGGCCGACUGGCUAGAGCCUCCAGGUCCUAUGACCGACCCUCCCUGCCCAGGCCCCGUCCUCUGUGUCUGGAGAGCUUCUUGGCUCAGGAGACAAAAUGGGGUCAAGCCUAGGCAGCUAACUCACCACAUGUCAUCCACCUCAUGGCAAGGGCAAAAAUGUAGCCUUGCCUCUUAAAGCCAGCGCCUCUGCCAGACCCCCACUGUAAUGUUCCACAAACACCCUCAGAAGUUAGGGCAACUGGUGGAGCAUGGAGAGGAAUUUCCUUUUCUGUUCAUAGCUUUUCAUGGGAACCCCUCUCAGGGCUGCAGCUUACAGCUGGGCAGCUGUGCACUGCACAACUCGAAGGGCCAUCAUUCACACCUGUAUAAUGGAAGUGGAGCCCCUGGGAUUGGGCAGUGUGAUGGCCCUGCGUCUGCUCACCUCCACUCCCAUCUCCACGCCCCUUCUCUCUGGAAGGAAAAAGGAGUUGGAAGUCUCUAGGUUCAUUUUUUCCUUUUUUUUUUUUUUUUUUUUGCCAAAGGUUUACUUCCAGUGUCCGAGCUAUGGCUCUCACCCCCAGAGCUCAGUUUACAGUUACAGUGCACUGAUGGACUGAGAGGAUGCAUAUGUGUGUGUGUGCAUGAGCGCACUUGUGUGUAUUUUGGGGAGGGGUGUUUAUUUUUAGUACCCCAUUCUGGGGUUCUCUGAUGCAGUGUGGGUGUUCAAACAUGGUACCUUCUCAAGUGUAGUUCUUUCAAAUAUAGCCAGUGCUGGAAAAUGUGAUUGCAGUGAUCUCCAUCCCUCCAUCUCUUUUGGGAAAGAGGAACGCAGCAAAGAAAACAAGGCAGACAGAAGAUAAAUUGACCACAAAGACACUUUGAAGUACAGCACAUUAUUUUCCUUCUCAGCAGCUCUGCUGCAUCCCUGGCUCAUUCCUUAAAGGUGUGGGUGAUGUGCAGCAGGGAGGUGUGGUCUCUCAGCUGCUCCUCUCUGGGUGCUGUGCCGACCCAGGUCUGCAUGAGGGGGAGGGACCUUCACAGGUUGGGUCCUGAUCCUUGGGUAAUGUCUCUGGAUUCAUGUCCAAUAGUGAUCCCUGAUUAUUAGACACCUAAUGUGUGCCUGGUGCUUUUAGUGCAAGGUAGGUAUUCUCAUUUUACAGUUCAAGAAUAAGCAGUUAGUGGCAAUCAGGAUUCAAACCUAGUACUGUUUGGCUGCAAACCCCCUGCUGUUCUUUUCCACCAAACUGCAUUGAUUCUCCUACUGUACCUCCUUUGGACUACAGGCAGCAGGCAGUGUCUGGUACAGACAGGCUUAGCCCAAAAGGAUACAGAAGAUACAGCUCAGGGUGAAAGCUCUUCUGGGCUCCAGCUAAAGACUUCUUGGGAAAACUGCCAGGAAGCCAUAUUAUGAGUUAAGAGUUCUGGAAGAAGUUACAGGGAAACUGAGUUCUAGAUCCCCUUGGUUACUUGUGUGUCCUUGAAUAGGUCCCAUAACUUUUCCCAGCAUGCUUCUGCAUCUGUAGAAUUGAAGAUCUAGAUAUUCACUAAGAACUUUGAUUCAUGUUCUGCUGCCUCCGUUUGCCCCAGUGAAGAGAUUGAGGCUCUUCCCUUCGCAUACCUAGGUUAGGGCUGUUCAGGCUCAAAUUCUACUCGUAGCAGAGUAGAACGUUUCUGCUCUGUUGCUUACUCUUAUCCUGGCUGGCAGUGUGAAGGCAGAUACAUGAGGGGAAGAUGGGGGUUUGGGCCUGUAUGAGGGUCAGCCAUGUUGCAAGAUCCUAUUUUUACACCAGCAGGUACAGAGGAAACUACUCUUUUGUAAAGUCAAAUAUUUGUUGGGGGGUUGAAGUUUGGGGGGUGGAGGAGGGGCUGUUCUGGGCAUCAGUUGAGCAGAUGCCCAGGAUGCCUGGGGGAGACCAGCUUCCCCUACAAAUCAGAGCUCUAAAUUACAAGGUUUUUACCAAUGCGAACAGUUGGGGGAAGUCGUCUGCUCUCAUUUGCGUAAUGGUUUCUGUCACUGGUGAUUAGACACAGGAUGAAGGAAAAGAAAUUUGACAAUUAGGAAUGAGCGAUCAUUAAUCUGAAUCUGUUAGGAGACGGGAAGAAUCCUUAGUGGGCCAACCCAAAAUGAGGAGACCCUCCCUCUGCCCCCCCAGAGACUCUUGGGCCACAUACCCUUUCAUUGUUCCCACCAUAAGCUGAGCUGUUAUUUUCUUAGCAAAGUCUAGGUGGGCCCAGUCCCCAGGCUGAGGUGGAUACAGGAACAGACAUCUAGAGGCAUGAGCCAACAAAGAGUGUCAAAUGCAAGUGAUAGGGCAAAGAAUAGCAAAUAGAAUGGUUUUGACAUGUGUAUGCUGUUUGUGGAAAAUGUUUUUGUAAUCGACACUCUAGAUACCCCACCUGUGACAUGCAUUUGUUACAUUACGGCACUGCAGGGUGUGGAGAAAACCUGCUCUUUUAUCCUCCAGGAGCCUCUGCUUAGUUGGAGAGGAAACUGCAUGAAACACCCAGAGGUUAUGAAGCCAUGUGUGGUACACCCUAUGAGGACAAGGUUAGAGACUGUUGAGAGAGGAGGAAGAUCAGUAGAGAGCAAACCUCAACCUCCAGGCUCCUCCCAGCCCCUGGGCUCCCCAGGGAGGACUCUUCAUCCUAGGCUCCCAGCAAGGUUGAUUCUGUUCCUCCCCCCUCGCACGUCAUUGCAGCUGUAGUUACGUGGAAGGCACUGAGAUCCCUGCCCAGAUGUGUGAGCAGGUGAUGAGAUGAACUAACAGGCUGAGUGUUAAGGUGUGGAGAGUCCCAACUUGGAUCUUCUCAGGUCUCUGUGUCACCUCAUCUCUCUCUUGUCUCUUUAAACACCACGGACAGGAUUUGCACCAGUUAUUUGUUUCUCAGUUUUGUGGCUUAUAUGUUGGUGGGUUCCUUAGAUCAGUGGCUUCAUCAAGGAUUGGAGGCAGGGGUGAUGGUGGUGGUUGGUUGUCUUGUCAGAAUGUGAGCUUCCCAUGGGUAGGGCUGUGUCUCUCUCCUUGGUAACUUUCCUACCUCUGGUUUGUCUACCCUUCAAACUCCAAUGCAGGGUUUAGUAGGGCUGCAGAGAGUGGCCCUCAGGGACCAGUUUUACCCAAACAGGGUGGAUACUGGGAUGCUCCUAAGAACUCAUGGGCUUCCAGAGGCCCUGGCCUUUCUGCCCAUGUCAUCUUCCCUUUUUCCGGAACCUCCAGUUCUUGGCCCCCCCCCCCAGUCCCUGCCUACUUCUCUGGUAUCCUCUCAAAUUGCCUGCUCUAAAGAGCUGUUCCAGCUUCCUUUUCCAUUGUCCCCCCAGUUUCUCCUACUUAUACUCUCCCUGCCUAGGCUCUUCAGCAGCCCCUCACCAAGGUCCUUUUUCCUAAACAGUUGCUUUCUCAGAAGCUCCCUGGCUGCAGGUGUUUGGAUUGACUUUCUCUAGGAUCUUCCAUUUCUGAUCUGCAAUAAUUCUGUUCACACACGGUUAGUCCAUUUGUUCUGUGUCUGCUCUGUUCUCUUGCCAUUCCUUUGUCACUUCUGUACGUCCUGGUUUAGCUUUUCUCACUCUGGGAGCCCUUUCUGCUAGUCUUCAGCCAGUUCUGUUUAAUCUUCAUAGAACUUAGAAUCUUCAGCGGAGCCCUGCUGAGCACUUUUGGUGCAUUUCUGGGGGACAAAGCCUCGGACACUGGCAACCUUUAGGACCAGGGGUCUGUGGUUAGUGAGGCCUCCGGAGAUGGGUGAGAGGAGGGAACCUAGAGAAUCAUGGACAGUGGAGAACCAGUGAGGGGAGAUUGAGCAGGAGACUCCCCAGGAGUGGAACUGGGCCUGGCAAGCCUGGAGGGAAGAACUGAAGUUUGUGUUUCCACAUACAUGCAUCUCUGUGCCUUAGGGUCCAGCAGUUCAGGGAUAGUGGGUGUUUUGGGAAUGUCUGCUGAUUUCUCUCAGGUGUCUUUGGUGAUGCUCUUAGUCACCAAAUUUGGCUGACUUCUUAGUUUCAGUGUUUGCUGGAAGGGAAAUAGCAUAUUGAGUAGUCACGUGUCAGGAGUGGAGGUCUUCGAUGAGAAACGCCCUGGAAGCUGGGGUAGCAGGAGACGGGGACCCAGUGGUCAGCUUAUAUACCCAGACUGUCACUUCACUUCUCCAGGUGUUUAGUACAAUAGCUGAUUAAAGAAGUUUAAAAACAACUGGGCCUUGCCUUCUUCCCCACCUGAAAUCUAGUCUUUAGGUGAUAUUUUGGGAAGGAGCAUGUGUCCUUUAACUUCCAAUGAGAAACAACCUAACAAUCUAGUAUAGUGUAUAAAAACAUGGGUUUGGGAGUUAGAUGUAUUUUGUUCAGAUUUCUAGCUUUGCUACUUAAUCAGCUGGGCUUGACCUUGUUGAUUGACUUGACCUCUCUGAGCCUCAAGUUUCCUCAACUAUAAUGGUAUGUGUGUAGGGGAAGGUGGGUGUUGAAAAUAUCUACCUCAGGGCUGAUGGACUGAUUGAAACAAUGUUUGUAAAGCUUUACCACAGUGCCUGGCAAGCACUUAAUAAAUGGCUGUGGUAGUGGUUGUUACAUUUA